AUGAUAAGAAACUCUACACCAAGUAAAGAUAAGGACCUCUUACCUGACCCAAUAUCAGCACCACGUAAUGAACUGGCUGUACUGUAUCUUAAUGCAGAACUACAGUCAGAAAACAAAAAUACAGAAGAAACAUCACCUAUAAUGGAAGUUGACAAUGAGGAGACCCCUAUGCCAUUUUGCCCUUCUAAGAGCUUAUUAGAACAAACUGAAGCUCAAGUCUUAAACAGCAAAGAAUCAAAAGCUUUAUCAACACAAAAAGCACAGAUAGUAACAGACUCAAAAGUCAGCGAAGCACUAAACAAAGAAAAUAUUAAUCUUGAAAAAAAUGAUGAUGAUGCAUUGUUUACACCUGCUGACAACACGUACACAGAG